AAAGGAGAAAAGAGGCAUGCAAUGACCGUUUAAAGUCAUAAAUGAUUGAAACAACAAGUAUGAGUGUUUGAUAGUUGGUGAAGUAAAAUCAUUGAAACACAGUACGUGAGAGUGAUGAUUAAGAAGGGAAGCAGCAGAAGAAGAAGAAGAAGAGAUGGUUGUGGCAAGGGUUGUGGAGUCCGAAGUGGUGAGAAUCCUGGACAGUUGUUGCAGCACCCUAAACCACGCAAAACAAGUCCACGGCCACAUAUACCGCAACAACCUCCACCAAUGCUCCUACGUCAUCACCAAGCUCCUCCGCCUUCUCACCACGCUCCCCCACCUGCCCCUCAACUCCUACCCUCUCCUUCUCUUCGCACAAGUCCACGCCCCCAACAACCCCUUUCUCUGGACCGCUCUCAUUCGCGCCUACGCCCUCCGAGGACCCCUCCCCGAGGCCCUUCGCCUCUACUCCUCCAUGCGCCAACGCCGCGUCUCUCCCGUCUCCUUCACCUUCUCCGCCCUCUUCUCCGCCUCCGCCGCCGCCAAAGACGCCGCCUUGGGGGCCCAGCUCCACGCCCAGACACUCCUCCUUGGUGGGUUCGUCUCCGAUUUGUAUGUUAACAACACCAUCAUCCACAUGUACGUCAAAUGCGGAGUUUUGCACUCCGCGCGCAAGGUGUUUGAUGAAAUGCCUCAACGGGAUGUCGUUUCUUGGACCGGGCUCAUUGUUGCCUACGCGAGGAGAGGUCACAUGGAGGCUGCACGGGACUUGUUUGACGGGCUGCUGGUGAAGGAUAUGGUGGCCUGGACUGCCAUGGUUACCGGGUAUGCGCAGAAUGCCAUGCCGGAGAAUGCCUUGGAGGUUUUCCGGGGGAUGGUGGAUGCUGGUGUUGAGAUUGAUGAGGUUACCUUGGUUGGUGUCAUAUCUGCUUGUGCUCAAUUGGGUGCGUCUGGGUAUGCUAAGUGGGUAAGGGACAUUGCCGAGAGUGUUGGAUUUGGGGGAGGAAGUAGUGUCCUUGUGGGGUCAGCUUUGAUAGACAUGUAUUCAAAAUGUGGUAAUGUGGAGGAGGCGUAUGAUGUCUUUAAGGGAAUGAAGGAAAGAAAUGUUUUUUCUUACAGUUCCAUGAUUGUGGGGUUUGCUAUACAUGGUCUAGCUCGUGGGGCGAUUAAGUUGUUUUACGACAUGUUGGAGACGGAGGUAAAACCAAACCAUGUUACUUUUGUGGGGGUGUUUACGGCGUGUAGUCAUGCUGGCUUGGUAGACCAAGGGCAGAAGCUAUUUGCUACGAUGGAAGAGUGUUAUGGUGUUGCUCCAACUGGAGAGCAUUAUGCUUGCAUGGCGGAUCUUCUUGGCCGAGCUGGACACUUGGAAAAGGCACUUCGGCUUGUUGAGACAAUGCCUAUGGAGCCUAAUGGAGCUGUGUGGGGAGCGCUUCUUGGAGCAUCGCACAUCCAUGGGAACCCUGAUGUUGCUGAAAUUGCUUCAAGGCGUUUAUUUGAGCUUGAACCUGAUAACAUAGGGAAUUAUUUGUUGCUUGCCAACACUUAUGCAUCGGCUGGAAGAUGGGAUGGUGUGUCAAGGGUCAGGAAAUUGAUGAGAGAAAAAAAUUUGAAAAAAAAUCCUGGGUGUAGCUGGGUUGAAGCCAAAAAUGGUACGAUUCACGAGUUCGUUGCUGGUGAUGUGAAACAUCCAGAAAUUAAUGAGAUAAAGAAGGAAUUAAAUGAUCUUUUUGAACGGCUUAAGGGUAUUGGAUACCAGCCAAACCUAUGUUCGGUGCCUUAUGGUAUUAAUGAUGAAGAAAAAAUGCUUUUACUAAUGGCUCAUAGUGAAAAACUAGCUUUGGCAUUUGGAUUGCUGAGUACUGAUGCUGGUUCCACUAUAAAGAUUAUGAAGAACCUUAGGAUAUGUGAGGAUUGUCAUAUCGUAAUGUGUGGUGCAUCAAAAGUUACAGGAAGAAAAAUUGUUGUGAGGGAUAAUACGAGAUUCCACCACUUCCUUAAUGGGGCCUGUUCUUGUAGUAAUUUUUGGUGACCAACUACCAAGGCUAGGCCAUAUGCGGGUGCAAAGCUGACAUAUUGGUGUUGGAAGAAUGACUUUGAAGUGUGAACGACCUUUUUUCAUUUGAUGAAUUAGAGGCGUGUAAAGAACUGUUUUGUGCCAGCGUAGAGAUCAACUACUUCAGAAGAAUAUUGAAAUUUUAGCAUCAAUUGCACACCUGUUCAUUUUACAGGGUUGCUCAAUUUAUGAUUGAAGAGUGUUCAAAAAGGAGAGGGAAGGCAAGUGAAGGCAGCUAGCAGAGAAAUUUUGGUCCUCAGCAAAGCAAAUGUUUGGACAGAUACAUGAUCACUAUUGUUUUUACCGGAGAUCGGUCGUGAGAGACGAUUUACUGGGCAAGAUUGAUGAGCUUUCUUUGCUGGGUACGUUGGCUGCUCCGAGGUGGGGGUGAUACCUGCAAAAGAGAUUCCGAUGCUCAAGUUAGUCUUUCUUAUCAUAUGUGUUGGAGAGAUGGGCUGACCUUCCGAGUUGGCGUGGUUCGAGCCCAUUAUUGCCAGGGUGGGUCCUAGUACCGAUGUGGGCGGUACAAGUAUAGUUCUAUAGUAACAUCAAUUGUUGUUACAUAGAGAUGAUAAACAAGGGAUGUAAAUGGCGGAUAAGAGAAACUCUGCUACAUUGAUUAUGGUGUCAUCCUGAAAUUUUUAUAUUGGCAAUGACAAAUAAAGCAAUGGGAAGCAAGCAAUGAAGAGAUACUGAAGAAACACGCUAAAGGCAGCCCUCAGAAUUUUGGUCUUGAAUUUUUGACAGUCUACUGAAGAUCUAUCUCCGAUAAGUUUGGAAGAGAAAUAACAGGCUGCUAAGUAAUACCAUAGUUCUUUACAUCAUGAGCUAUGGUUAUGUGUAGCUCUAGUCAAAAUAGAUUUAUAUUUUCUUUAUUAAUUAUUUUUUAUUUAAAGAAAGUGCCCUUCUUAGUGUUA